AUGAAACCAUUUCCCGAUUUUCUCAAGAAAAAUUAUCUUCUUUUCUCUCUACGAUUUCGCACUUUCCUCUUUCCUUUCAACUCGUUUUCUCUGCUUCAAACGGCAGCCGUGGAAAAGACCGAGGGGAAGAAACUGAUGACUGAAGAGGGCUUCGACAGCAAGAAAGGCGGCAGAUCCGCCGUCAUGAGAGCCAAGGACUACAAGAACAUCUUCAAGAAGAUGCCCUUUGUGGGGACGAGGUAUCCGGACCAGUCAGCUAUGGCAGAUAUCUGA